AGCUUCCAUUGCCGUGCCAUGGAAUCCUUGCAAACCAGGCCCUGCGUGAGAGUAACAACAAUUUUGCCCAAAGUACGGAUUACCGUUCCCGCAAUCACCAUGUCAGUAGAAGCUGAGAUAUGGACCUUCCCCACGAAUCCGGAGGAAUUCGACCACGACGACAGAAUAUCGUUCUCCAAGCUCGAUAACAAGUACAUUGCCGUCCAGGAUGAUGGGGCUGAAUUCGAAUUCGACUCGGACCUGAAGCGAUGGGUGCCCAUAGUGGACGAGGCGUUGAUCCAGGAGCAUCAGAGCGGAUACGGAGUCCCGGAUGAUGCCGACAGCAGCCGGCCGGGACCUAGCCAGGGCAAGAAGAGGAAGAAGGACGAGUCGAACGACCGCGAGGACAGUCAAGGUCGCUCCAAGAACGGCAAGAGACAGGCGGCUAGGCAGCCACCGCAGCCCAGGCAGAACACGGCCGUGUACGUCACCGGCCUACCGCUGGACGCAACGGUCGACGAGGUCCACGAGCUGUUCUCCCGCAAAUGCGGUGUCGUCGCCGAGGAGAUCGACAGCGGGCGGCCGCGGAUCAAGCUCUACACGGGCGCCGACGGCAGCUUCAAGGGCGACGCCCUCGUCGUCUUCUUCAAGCCGCAGUCGGUGGACAUGGCCAUCAUGCUCCUCGACGACACCGACUUCCGCUUCGCCCCCUCGGGCGCCACGACGGGCAAGAUGCGCGUCCAGGCCGCCGACCUGAGUUACAAGAAGACCAACUACGACGACAACGGCGAGGCCGCUGCCGCCGCCGCCGCGGUAGGGUCGAAGAACGGCAGCGAGCAGCCCGGCGUGGGGAGCAACGGCGACAAGAACAAGGCGGGCGCACAUAGGCGCAAUGAUCAGGACAAGAAGAAGAUCAUCAGGAAGACCCAGAAGCUCGACGCCAAGUUGGCAGACUGGGACGACGAGCCGUCCUCGCUGUAUCCUGAGAGUAAGGGGUCGAGGUGGGAGAAGGUGGUCAUCCUGUCGCACAUGUUCACCCUGCGGGAGCUCGAGGAGGACCCGACGGCCAUCCUCGACAUCAAGGAGGACAUCCGGGAGGAGUGCGAGAAGCUCGGGCCGGUAACCAACGUGGUGCUGUUCGACCUGGAGGAGGAGGGCAUCGUUAGCGUCAAGUUCCAGACCGCCGAGGCGGCCGAGGCGUGCGUAAACCUCAUGCACGGCCGGGCCUUCGACGGCAGGACCGUCGAGGCUUACUUUGCGACCGGGCAGGAACGCUUCAGGAAGUCCAAGGAGAAGGGCGACGAGGAAGACGACGAGUGAGGCUGACUUGCAGUCCGGCCCAAAGUUACCCACCCACCCCCUUAAUAGAGUCGUAAGGGAUGCUGAUGUUGGAACUUGUGUGUAUUUUAUCAGACCAUGCUCUGUGCAAGGUGACCCGACUAGAUGAGGAUAGAUAUUAUACGAGACUCUUUAUGAAUGGA